AUGGCGAAGGAUGCUUUACUUCAGAUGAAGAAAAAUGAAAUGUUUAAUGCUCUCUACAGGCAUCAUAUAAGUCGUUUGUUGGAAAAACCUUUACCUGCUUUUCCGUCAGAUGAUUUGAAGGAAAGACUCGAAAAAACAUGUACGAAGUUUUCUUCACGUUUUAUAACUACUGCAAGAGAAGCAAUGUGGGAGGAAUUCAACAAGAUAUGGACCGAUGAGAAUAUUACGAAGUCAAUAAUUGAUGCUCUUGGUAUUACAUCUGACUUCUGUUCAUGGUUUCUGUUUUAUCUACAACAGGCUGUAGCAAAAACGUAUCUACAAGGUGAUUCUACUGCUGUGGUAAAUGAUUUGGAUUUGUCAGAUGCUGAACAGGAAUCUGUUGCAUACAUUGCUGGUGCGGUAUUAAAAAAUGUAGGUUCCAAACUGUGCGAGUUAAAGAGGAAAAUUGCAAGUAAUGGUCAAGAUGUUGCCACAGUGGAUAAAGACAUUACAAUACUUAAUGCCUGCAAGGAAACAAGGUCAGAUGGGUUGGGUAGCACCAGUACCUCCACCAACCUGAUUGAAGCUUUAAGUCGAGGAGGUCUUAUUUACCCCAAGGCAUCAAUUAUUAAUAUGUUCUUAGUUAUUGAGGGUAUUUUUAGGCAAAAAAUUAAUUCUAGUUCAAAACAAAUUUGA